ACCAUGUCGGAAAACGUUACCCCGCUCCGGAGAAGCUGCACAGGGAAGAGGCAGGACAUUACAGGAAUCUCGGACCUGUCGUGGGACUCCAGAAAAGAUCUCUAUGGCAAUUAUAUCUGCCAUACAUUUCAGGGGGGGUCCUGGGCAGACAGGUCCCCUCUCCAUGAAGCCGCCUUCCAGGGCCAUCUACUCUCCCUCAGGACACUCGUCACACAGGGUUUCAAUGUGAAUAUUGUCACCAUGGAUGGACUGUCUCCCCUCCAUGAAGCUUGUCUGGGGGGCCAUGCUACUUGUGCAAAGUUGCUGUUGGAAAAUGGGGCCAAUGUUACCAUGGUGACCAUCAACAGCAUAACCCCACUAUUCAACGCCUGCUGUAGCGGCAGUGCUGCCUGCUUACGCUUGCUGCUGGAGUACGGCCCCCGCCACCACCCCGCCCAUCUGGUGGCUUCACCCAUCCACCAAGCUGCAAAAAAAGGCCACUGGGAGUGUGUGGAGAUUUUGUCUGCCAAUGGAGUGGACAUUGACCUGGAAAUACUGCAACAGGGAACCCCUCUCUACGUGGCCUGUGUCUCUCAGAGAGCAGACAGUGUGGAGCACCUACUACAGUUGGGGGCUGAUGUCCACAGUGGGAAGGCCCAGGAGUCACCCCUGCAUGCCGCAGCACAGAGGCCCAGCGUGAGGGUGGUGGAGCUGCUGCUGGAGUACGGAGCAAAUGUCCAGAGCAAGAACUCUGAGGGGAGGAAACCUGUGGAGCUGGCAGCACCCAGCAGCCCUGUGGAGACAGCACUGCAGCUGAGAGAGGGGCCCUCCGUUCUCUCCCAGCUGUGUCGGCUCUGUAUACGUCGGAUUUUAGGGCGGUCUCGCCUGCACCUGGUGCCCAGCCUCCCCCUCCCCCAUCAGCUUGCCAAGUUCCUGCUCUACAGGUGAUAAUGACGUUAAACCCAACCCUUAGACAUCCUAUCACCCAGUCCAAUGCAGAAUUCAAGAAGAUAGAAAGUGGUUGUCAUCGAACACCCCCCGCCCCCCAAAAUACUGCAGUCAGAUGUACUUGGCUUAUGUUGGUACAUUAACUGUUGGUCAUUAGGUUUGCUAUGGAGGUGGGUGCAGGGUAUUUUAGAGAGAGUCUGUUUGUGCCCCUUUCCUGCACAUACACAUUUGUACACGACAUGACUCUUAAGUAUGUAGCACAGUAAUGCUGAACUCCACACAAAUGGAGUAUAAUGUUGGAAUUACUCCCAGAGGCCAUUUUAAGCCAAUUAUCUUGUAAGAAGUGUUCACUAAUGAAACAGAAAAUGUAUUGCGAGUGAUAAAAUGUAUUGCAGGUAAUAUGUGCUAUGUAUGAAUUCAAGUUAAGAGCGCCUUCUGGAUACAGAAAUGUUACAUGCUUUCAUAUGCCUUACUUUGUAAAUGGACUGACUGCUUUUCUGUUACUGUGGAAGGAAUGAAAAUCUUAAAUGCUAAAUGACCUAAUUACAUUGAGAAUUAUUUAAUUAAAUUCUUA